AUGGUUUUGCCCUCCAAGAAGGACCUCAAGAUCUCCCUGGAGGUCUUUGCUAUUUUCCAGUGGGCCCUUAGUGCCUUUGUUAUCGUAAUCACCGUGAUCGCUGUCAACCUCUACUUGGUGGUAUUCACGCCGUACUGGCCCAUUACUGUGCUCAUCCUCACCUGGCUGGCUUUUGACUGGAAGACCCCUGAGAGAGGUGGCCGCCGGUUUAACUGCGUGAGGCAAUGGUGCCUGUGGAAACAGUACUGUGAUUACUUCCCACUCAAGCUUCUGAAGACUCAUGAUCUCUCCCCCAGCCUCAACUACAUCGUCGCCUGCCACCCUCAUGGGAUCAUGUCCCAUUCAUGGUUUGGCCACUUUGCCACAGAGAUGUCAGGCUUCUCCAAGAUGUUUCCUGGCAUGACUCCUUAUAUUCUCACACUGGGGGCCUUUUUCUGGGUGCCUUUCCUCAGAGAAUAUGUCAUGUCUGUAGGGGCCUGCUCUGUGAGCCAAUCCUCCAUAGACUUCUUGCUUACCCGUAGAGGCACAGGCAACAUGCUGAUGGUGGUGGUUGGUGGUCUGGCUGAGUGCAAAUAUGGCUUGCCUGGAUCUACCACUCUGUUCCUGAAGAGCCGCACUGGCUUCGUACGCACAGCCCUUCAGCAUGGGGUGGCUCUAAUCCCGGCCUACUCCUUUGGGGAGACAGAACUCUACAAUCAGUACAUUUUCACCCCGGGGGGCUUCAUCAAUCGCUUCCAAAAGUGGUUCCAGAGUAUGGUGCACAUCUACCCUUGUGCUUUCUAUGGGCGUGGCUUCACUGAGAACUCCCUGGGCUUUCUGCCCUAUGCUCGGCCUAUUACCACCAUUGUUGGGAAGCCUCUACCACUGCCCAAGAUUGAGAACCCAAGCAAGAAGACCGUGGCUAAAUACCACACAAUCUAUGUGGAUGCCCUGCGCCAACUGUUUGACCAGUACAAGACCAAGUUUGGCUUCUCAGAGGCCCAAGGGCUGGUGGUAACUUGA